AGUCAUUUCGAAGGGAAUAUAAGGAACGGUAAAGGAACAAAAAAAAGUGUUGAAUCUAAGCCGAGUGAACAACCGAGGGAAGAAGGAAGAUAGCUGCUGCUCACCUGUCGUCAUACACUAAAACUUUGGUCAGAAAGAGGGAGGGAGAGAGAGAGAGAAUCCUGGUGUGGCAGCCUUGUCGCCUGCUCUUUCUUCCCUGAGUACAGUUGGGGAAGGAGGGGUUGGUGAGGCUUGAGAUAGGAGAGGAGUUGGGUGGGUGAUCAGGGAUGGAGAGGAGGGUGGUGUAUCUGUGUGGUUUGGCUGGCUUUCUCGGAGUACUGGCUGCCAUUCUCGGUUUUGCGGCAGAAGCCAAACACAUCAGGCCAGGUGAUGUUACAUUGACUGACAAUGGAACCUGCAUAUAUCCACGGAGUCCAGCUCUAGGCCUUGGUCUGGCUGCAGGGAUUGCUCUUAUGAUUGCUCAAGUAAUUAUUAACACUGCUGCUGGUUGCAUCUGUUGCCAGAAGCGUCCACAUGCGUCUGGUUCCAACUGGACGAUUGCAUUAGUAUGCUUUGUUGUCUCAUGGAUUACUUUUAUCAUCGCUUUUCUCUUGUUUCUGGCUGGAGCAGCCUUGAAUGAUCAACAUGGGGAGGAAAAUAUGUACUACGGCUACUACUGCUUCGUGGUGAAGUCUGGCGUGUUUUCAGGUGGUGCGGUCCUUUCUGUUGCUAGCGUCUCCCUUGGUAUUAUAUACUAUAUUGCUUUGUCUUCUUCAAAAAUUUCUGCCACCUGGGGAGGUCAUCAAAAUCAAGGAAUUGCAUUGGCGACACCACAAGUUCCCCCUCAAAGCACUCAACCUGCUUUUGUGCCAGAGGAUACGUAUAACAGGUUGCGGUAUCCUUGAAGCACGUGCUGCAGAGACCCUCAGGGCGAUUGCCUCUACUUCUGUACAUUGUGAAACUUGGGAGUACAAUCGCAUUGUUUGUGCAAAGAUGCAAAGAUGCGCUGGAGUAAUCUGAUCAUAUAUGAAAUACGUGAAAAGGAAAAACACAGUUUGUAAGUUGGAUUUCGUUUUUGUUCGACGAGGAAUGGAUUUCUUCUUGCUGGGCUUUGUAUCAGAACAUUGUUGGCCAUGAUUGUCGUGUUAUUUUGGCUGGCGACCUUAGUUAACUUCUUUACAUUGGCUUGUAGAUGGUAGGUUAUUUUUCUUGCUGGGGAACUAAAUUAUUUCAGUUACAUGCAUGAAAUGAUCUUCUUGUUUGGCC